AUGUCGCUCCAAUUCCUAAGCGACAAGGAGAGCCUUCCAUCACAGUCGCACACCGCACCCAUCGUAUCCGUUUCCUGGAUUUCGUCGUCUUCGUCUUCGCAGGGCGUCAUCUUGUCUGGUGACUGCAAGGGCAAAGUCAAGGCAUUCGACGCUCAGUCAGCGUUAUCCUAUCGAGAUCUACCAAAUGCGCACUCGAAUGCAGUACACUGCAUCACCACCAACGCUACCGGCAGUGCAGCCUUGUCGAAUGCCAUCGACGGCACCAUUGCAUUGUGGGAUUUGACACCUUUCGUCAAGGACGAGACAGCAAACAAGGACGAAGCUGAAGCUGUCGAAGUCGAGGCGGUAUCUACGGAGCCAACGCUGCUGCCUCUACCCGUCGAAGACGCAAGCAACCUGUUGCUCGGCACAAUCGACUCGCUCACAGCCCACUCGACACCUAAAGAAAAGCUGUCAGAAGCUUGGAAGACCGCUCUGCACCCCAGUGCUCCACUAUUUGCUUCUGUUGGAGCAGGAGCAAUUGUCUCGCUGCACUCGACUUCUUCCUCUUCGUUCGGCGAGACACUCGACAUUGCAACCCUCCCACCAAGCCUCGAAAAGCAAUCCGAUCUCUUCGGUCUUUCGCUUGCCUUCCACCCCUCCGGCAGCCUCCUCGCUGUCGGCACCAACACCGGUCGGGUCCUUCUCUACGCCUUGUCCUCUCUCGACUCCGCGCCGCAUCUGAUACAUGUAUCGACCUACUCAGACCACGCAUCGCCCGUCCGAGCGCUCUCCUUCUUGCCCUCGCUGCUCCUCGUCGGCUCCGAUGACCGCACCAUCACCAUUCACGACGUCAAAACCAUCCUCUCACCCGAGCAGUCCUCAUACCUUCAGCCGAACGCGGAGGGAAGGAUAGGCGCGACAGUUGCAUCGCUGACGGGACACAAGGGGUGGGUGUUCGACAUUGCCGCUCCCGCCUUGUCGACGGACGUAUUUGCCAGUGUAGCAGCGGAUAAGAGCACCAAAUUCUGGGAUUUGACGUCGGCGACUAAGAAUACGCCUGUCUGGAACGGCGGCGAGGCGCAGAUGGUCAGGGCGUUCGCGUUUCAGCCUCCGACAGCGACAGGCUCUCAGACGGGAGGUGCGGCGGUGGAGGCAGGGCAGGGGAUGACGAGCUCAAUGACACGAUUCGUGACUGCAAGCGAAGACGGCAAGUUGCGCUGGUACAGAGGUGCUGGUCUUGGUUGA